GUUCUUCUAUCUUUCAUUGUUCUGGUCACUCUAUUCUUAUGGAUCAACAGAAGCUUAUGGAUUUUCUAGCAUCUAAAUCGUACGAGGAAAUAAAGGAAGUAAGCAAAGGUGCUCAUGGCACUGUUUACAAGGCAAAGAGGAAGAAUAGUGGAGGUGGAGCCACCAGGGUUGCCCUUAAAUGUAUCCCAUUAAAACAAGGUCCUGCUGCUGAAGCUCACGAGCAACGUCAACGUCUUGCUAAGGAGUGGGAAGUGCUGGAGCAACAUGGAGGCAAAAACUAUAUCAUUAACUAUAAAGACAGAUUCAAGAAUGGAAAUACUCAUUGCUUUGUUCUCCAAUAUAUCGAGCACGACAAGCCUGAGGUGUUAAAGGAGGAAAUUAGUAUUGAUCAGCUCCGACGGUAUGGUUACUGCAUGUUCCGGGCUCUUGCAGCUCUUCACGAGGGGGGAGUGAUACACACAGAUGUUAAACCUGGGAGUUUCCUUUUCUCCCGUAAGCUUAAAAAAGGGUAUCUGACUGAUUUCUAUCAUGCCAGGUUUCCGGAUGAGAACCCUGUCGACGGCUCUCCCAUGCCUUCAAAACAACCAAUUGCCAAUGAUGCCGCUGGUCCUGGAGAGCAGAUAAGAAAAGGUCCUUGGGUGGGAACAAGGGGCUAUCGGGCUCCAGAGGUAUUGUUCAGGUCUCCACAUCAAGGUCCUAAGCUUGACAUCUGGUCUGCCGGCGUAUCCUUGCUCUAUCUCAUAAUGGGAAAAACUCCUUUCACUGGAGACCCUGAACAGAACAUAAAGGAUAUAGCUAGACUGAGAGGCAGUGAGGAUCUAUGGGAGGUUGCUAAGCUACACAAUCGGGAAUCCUCGUUCCCUGCGGACUUAUACGAUAAACACAGUUUGCCAUUUUUGCGACUUCGAGAUUGGUGCAUAAUGAACACUAAGAGACCAGAAUUCCUGGAAGUCAUUCCCGGUUCACUGCUUGAUCUCUUGGACAAGUGCUUGAUGGUGAACCCUAGACUGAGAAUCGGUGCAGAGGAGGCUCUUCAGCAUGAGUUUUUUGCUCCAUGCCAUGAGAGCUUGAGGAAGGAAAGGCAAUGCAAGAAGGAAUUAUUGAGUUGAACCCACGUGUUUUAUAUCACAAAUCAUUACUCACUAGCAUAGUUCAUGUUCUGGAGUAGGAGUUUGUGAUUUUGUGUAGCUUAACAUAGGUUGUUUUACAUAAAUCUAAAUACAAAAUUACUUGCUGGCAGGGCCCCCUUCCUGUCAUUGAAACAAACAUUAGGCAAUGGAAGUAACAGUGUAAAUAUCUUUCCUCCGAGGUAUUCUUUUGUUUAUUACAAUGUCACUUGUAAUGAAUCAGAGAUGUAAUGGAUGUCUCCAAUGGUACAAGCUGAAAUUGUGCAGUGC